AUGCAAUUACUUUGUUCACCUUUUGCUCCAGUUGAUUUACCCGAAAUGAUCGAAGAGGGUGGAACCUUCCCUGCAGAAGAAUACGAACCUUUUAACUAUGAUGCUCUCUUUGCUGGACCUUCUGAGGAAACGGAAGGAUCUUCAAAGCCUCCCAUGGACUACUUUGAGUACAUUGCUCGAAAGGAUGACCAUAAAUACACGCUGCCUCGCACAUACAGUGAUCUUGUCAAGCCCAAAAGUCUUAAUACAUCCAUCGAUGUGGUGCUUUGGAUCAGCGUCUUUUUUUUCACCAUGAAUGAAGCAAUGCUGGGUUGGUUCCUUUAUAUUUUCCUAGCCUUUGUAGUCGUCAUUGGUUGCAAGAUCUUACUUCCCACGAAGUAUCUUCCAUCCUUGUAUACGAAAUCUCCAUUACUGUUUUGGUCUACCUUGUUUGCUUUCCUUGUAUGCGCUCCAAAUAUUUUUAAUCUGGGUCACAGAAACGCAUUGGUUCCCACCAUUUCUCCAUGGCAAAAUGUAGGUUUGUUACUACCCGGUUCUGCACAACUGACAUCUGAUAAUACAAGUGUGGCAUUAAACAACGGUUUGAGCCUUGUAGAUAACGGUAUGUGUCCUGCUUCAACAUCCAAUGUAUGCAUUUCUCCAUAUUACAAUUCAUCUGCUUCGAUGGGCGCAAUCAAGCCAGUAUCCAACAGAAGCAUGAGAUUUCGACAGGCUAAAAAGGCAGCUUUGGAAAUGUCAAGAAAGGCUUCAUUAAACGGUGCCACAAAGACAACAUCUCAAGGUCCAACCAAGACAUCACCAAGCACUCCCACCACGGUUGAUGAGACAAAGAGUGAAGAAAAUGCAACGGUUAUCAACAAGGUCAAGAAGGAACAAGACAUUUUUAAUGAGACGGAUAAUGUCAAACAUCUCUUUGACCGCUAUUACCAGAUGGAAUUGGAUUUGAGAACAAAACGUUGGCAUUUAUUGGAAGAACUCUCAAAGAUUGAAUCCAAAUUGAACUCUGUUACUUUUUAUACUGUUCCUAGUAAGAAGUUGAUUAAUGCUCGUGUUCUUGGAAAUCAGCGUCUUUUACAGUAA